AUGAGUAAGUGGUGUUGCUAUUUAAAAUGGACAUUCAUGACUCACUUAUUCAAAUAUGUUCAAAUUCGUUUUUCAACAACUAGUAAUGGUCUUUUUAUAUUCAUUUGUCUAUGUUCACUAAUAUUAAUUGGUGAUACGGGACAACCACGACAAUUGAGAGUAUUAUCAACCGAUAAAGAUUUAAUUAAAAUUGGAUGGGAAAAACCGGAUAAAAUUGAAAAUGAAAAUAUUUAUGGUUAUCUAAUUAAAUAUCGACCCGUCAAUAUAAAAUAUCGAAAUCAAACGUAUGCGGUAGUAAAAACAUCAAAAUUCAAAGAUUCAGGAGAAUUUAUACUGCAACAAUUACGACCAUUUACAAAAUAUGAAAUACUUGUUCAAGCAUGUUUGAAUGAAUCGUGCACAAGUAGCGCUGGUCCGUAUGCGAAAAUUGAGGCAACAACUGAUGAAACAGGUAUGAGAUAA